AUGUCUUUCCACGCACAUGUACGGAAACUCACAUCGGGGCAUGGCAAAGGCUCACAGUUAAAACGCCCGUUAGAGAAUAUACGUUGUACUAUUGAUUUGAACUGCCCUGCUCCACAAACCGUAUCCGAAAGGAGUAUGUACGAAGUGCAAACCGCCAGUGAUGACAUUGAAUCGCCAGACAUUGUGAAUGAUUUCUUAAAUUUUUGGCGAACGACUGGAAAUCAACGAAUCGGUUAUCUCAUUGGAAAAUAUCAACCAUUCUCGGACGUCCCGCUCGGUAUAAAAGCCACCGUUGCAGCUAUUUAUGAACCUCCUCAAAGUUGCUCUCCUGAUGGAGUACAACUGCUUGACGAUCCUCACGAAGAUGCAGUGGAUCAGCUUUGUAACUGGCUAGGAUUGAAGCGUGUUGGAUGGAUCUUCACCGAUCUUUGGUCUGCUGAUCGGGUAAAAGGAACUGUGCAUUGCACAAGGCACAAGCACGCGUUUUUCUUGUCUGCUGAGGAGUGCAUAACGGCAGGAUAUCUCCAGUCCUUAUAUCCAAACGUCACUGAAUAUUGCUCCGAUCGAUAUUUCGGCUCGAAGUUGUCACAUGGAGAUGAACAAGAGCAAGUAAACUUCCAUGGAUACCAAGUUUCAAAUCAGUGCACAGCUCUGGUUGAGGCGCAACUUCUCUGUCCAACAAAUCAUCCUGAAUUGGCGUACAUAAGAGAAAAACCACUUACAGAAUCGCAGUACUUGACAGAUGUCCAGUUUACUGAGAAAAAUCAAUACGGUGCAGAAGUUCUCAAGGAUGCUCGUCCUCUACCUGUGGAAUUUCUUCUGGUCGAUGUACCGACUGGAAUGCCCAAAGAGCCGCAGUAUACUUUCUCGCCACCUCCACCUGUAGCUCGUUUUAAUAUUGAAAAUAGAGAUUCAAUGGGUACCACGCAGGGUGGUGCGAAUUUAAGUGCCUACUGUGCUGAAUACUCUCUGAAUCAGUUUCUGGAGCAAGCCACCAACUUCCACUUUUUGUUAUAUCUUAUGACUAACAACCUAGUGCAGAUGAGUGAAGUUGAGAUGCAGGUGCUGUGCACCGCUGUGUGCACCCAAGAUCGAGAAGCGGCCAUUGAAUGGGCACGAGAAACAGUUAAUUGGCAACAGCUUGUCGCGCUGUGUCACGAACAAGGGCGUAGUAAUGAGUCAGCUGUGACGUCAACGUGGUCUUGUAAGCACUGCACAUUCGAAAAUACGGAACAGCGUCCAGACUGCUCCAUGUGUGGUCUCCCUGCGGGAAAUGCUUAG